AUGCCUGAGCCAAAUUCCAUCAGCCUUCUCAUCCCUCCCGAACCGACUUCACGGUCACAAGACUUGCAAACCCAGAUCCAAAGAAUUACCGCUCAGCGGGGCCACUUCCGUCAUGUGACUGAGCGUUCUCUUCUUGCCGAAAUCCAGGGCAAGGCUUCGGCUCCCGAUGUCCUCGAUUCCCGUCGUGAAGAUGAUGCCCAAGCCGAGGAAGAUGAACCACCACAGAAACGUCGGGAACGUUUAUGGAAGUGCCGGGAAGAGAUGCUGGAGCGUUUGAGCUACGCUCAGAAUGAGAUCCUCUGUGCGCUGGACUUUGUCUCGCUCCUCAUUUCCAAACAGUCCACCCCGGCUCAGAGUUCCAUGUCUCCAGCUCUCAAAGAAGCUGUUCCUGCGGGGACUCUUGCUGCACGAGUCCUGCCGCACCAAACGCUCUCCACUUCCGUGAAACGGCAACUAGCUGCGACCUCUCAAGGCUGGAGAUCAGAAAGUUUUCGAUCUGCGUCAGAGAAACUGUCGGCCGCGUCGUCUCGGUUGAAGAAUGAUGCAGAACGCGAAUCUGAAUAUUGGGCCCAAGUGGCGGACCUCACCACACAUGGCUGGGCGGUCUCGAGACUGCCCCGCGACCGCAAAGCGAUCGGAGUUCAUUUCGGUUUUACUGAAUCUGCACCUCAAUUCGGUGACCGAGGUUUUGCUCUUCUUCGUCAGUCAGACGAUGGAACGGUGACAUUGGAUCAGCAGUCAACCCGGCGUAGACGGAAACGUCUGGGAGUCUAUGUGAUUCGUGACCAGGUCAAGACGGGCGGCUAUCAUUUUCAGACUCGUGGGGAAGGUCCGACAGGAGAUAUCGGUCAACAGCUCACUGACAUGCGCGAUUCUCUUUUCGAGGAAGAGCUAUUCUACGAGAUUUGCCGGGAGGCGCGCAUCGUAGCCAACCAAGGAAUCGCGGCGCGGGCACAGGCCGUGGAAAUUGAUGUCGGUGGCGAUUAUCAACUUGCACUCGUCUCUGCCGAAGAACAGCCAUCAGACGUGUCGUCGACUAAUCCUGAAGACAACACGAUUGCCGAAUUUGUCGGAAUUUCUCUACGAUUAUUGUUGACCGCUGCACACGAACAAAAUUUGAUCCGAAGAUCGCAGAAACCACCACCAAUGACACUCAAACCUCGACCAAUACCUGAAUACGCGCUUCUUCGACCGAUAUUAGCCCGUCUGAGACAUAAAUCCGAAACAACGGCAUUUUGGAAUAGCUGUCAAGCGUUGAUUCGACCUCUGAAGUCCGCAAGCGUACCUGUCAGCUUGGAGAUGGAGAAUUCAAAUGCAGGGUUCAACUCCUUGAACAUAGAAGCACCGGAUACCGUUCUCGCUAACUUGAUGCUUCCCGCAAAAACCGGUUUCAAGAUCAGCCUAACAGGGGGCAGAAGUCUGGCAAUCGGAUUGGCCACCUUCCUAGGACCUCCUCUGUUUGGAUCGCGCUAUGAAACAUCUUCGAUCGAUUUCGGGUUUUCGACCCUACCAGCCGCGCGUCAAGAGACCCGAGAAGCAGCGGUAUCAUUUGUACGACAAGUGUUGAUGUUGGACCUUGUUUCCGGUGCGGAGAGCCUUAGCAGGCAAAUCCGGACCGGUCAGGAUGGCAAGUCCCAACAAUGGAAAGUAUCACAACCGCACAGUGGUGAAUUAUGUCUCUAUGAUUCAGACGAGGCGGUGAAAAAGGUGCAGAUUGCUGUUCAACCCCAAUCGUUUGGUGUCAAGUUAUGCACCUGGGGGAGGACAUCUAGCCCGGAGAACGCGUCAUGGUCGUGGACAUCCACCGGAGCGUCCAGGGCCCAAGGGUCGGAGGUGAGAACAGAGUACGGUGUUACAUUUGACCAUGUCUUGAGCCUGAUACUGAAGGCGGAGGUGUAG